GCUCAUUUCAGUUCACUGAAUAUAUAUAAGCCACUUCCAUACCCUUAUAUCAUCACCAGUUGCUUCAAUCUCUAUCAAAAAAAUAAUUUUAUAUAUAUAUCGACACUGAAAAUAAAUAUAUAGUCACUGGAUAAUUAUAUGGCGGAAGGAGGGGAGGCGUCGGGGUUUUCAGACGAAGAGCUCCGCCGGCGGAAGCGGAAGAAAUUGAUACGGUAUAUCAUAGCCUUUGUGAUCUUUCAGACGGCUGUUAUUGCCUUGUUUUCCAUGACGGUGAUGAAAUUCAGAACCCCCAAGUUUCGGAUCCGUUCGGCGGGGUUUGAAAGAUUUGAGAUUAACCCAUCGAAUCCUUCGUUCAACUUCAGAUUGAAUGCCAUAGUUGGGGUGAAGAACCCCAAUUUCGGCACCUACAAAUUCGACCCCUCCACCAUCGUCUUCUACUACAGGGGCGUCCAAGUGGGCAACGCCGCCGUCCCCAAUUCGAAAGCCAAUUUCCGAUCAACCAAGAACCUCAACGUCGCCGCGGAUUUGGUCACGCCGGACAACGUCGGAAACAAGGAAAUUCUGUCAACGGAUUUGAGCUACGGGAUUCUGCCACUGACCAGUGAGGCGGUGAUGGAAGGGGAGGUGACGAUCAUGUUCUUCAAGAAGAAGAAAUCUGCAAGGAUGCACUGCAACAUGGACGUUAUCACCCAAGCAGGGAUAGCAGGGAUGCUGCAGAACAUCAACUGCGAGUGAGAGAUUCAUCUUCGAUGUUUAUGCCUGUGCUUUGUGUAUUUAGAUUUGUACUGCUGGUGCUGGAUCAAUAUUUAUUAAAUUUCCAAUAAUUUUAAAACUCAUUGAGUUACUCCAACUU